AUGAAGUCAAUUGGUUUUCUCAGCGGCCUCGUCGCUGCGGUCGUUGGCCCAAGCCUAGUCGCCGCCUGUGGCGAUGAGGAACACAGCUGCUACGGACCUCAGCACAACGUCGAGUAUGUUCGUCAGGUCAAGCGCAUGCAGCCCGGCGCACCGAAUGCGACCCACGGACCCAAAGGGCCUCUUGAAUGGGGCCAGAUAAACUUUUUGCACACGACCGACACUCACGGUUGGCUCGAAGGCCACCUCAAGCAGGGAAACUAUGGCGCCGACUGGGGCGACUUUGUGACGUUUAGCCGGCGCAUGAAGCAGACGGCCGGCAACAUGGGCGCCGACUUCCUCCUCAUCGACACGGGCGACCUGCACGACGGCACGGGGCUGUCGGACGCCACCAAGCAGGACGGCGAGCUGUCCAUGCCCAUCUUUGACGAGGUGGCCUUUGACCUGCUGACGAUUGGCAACCACGAGCUGUACGUGACCGAGGUGGCGUACCAAAUGUUCAACACCUGGGCCAAGAAAUGGGGCGACCGGUACGUCACGUCCAACGUCAAGAUCCUCAACCCGCAGACCAACGAGUUCGAGUACGUCGGCGCCACGCACCGCUACUUCACCACCGACAAGGGCCUGCGCAUCAUGGCCUUUGGCGUGCUGUUUGACUUUACCGGCAACUCCAACGUCUCGCAGGUCAUCAAGGCCGCCGACAUGGUCCAGGAGCCAUGGUUCGUCGACGCGCUCAACACAAAGGAGCCCGUGGACCUGUUUCUGCUGACCGGGCACAACGCCAUCAGCCCCAAGGACCAGGGCAGCACGUUCAAGACGGUGUGGGACGCCAUCCGCAAGGUGCACCCGGCCAAGCCCAUCACCAUGUUUGGCGGCCACAGCCACAUCCGCGACUUUGCCGUCUACGACGAGAACUCGGUCGGCAUCGAGGCCGGCCGCUACUGCGAGACGCUCGGCUGGGUCUCCAUGUCGGGCUUUGACGCCUCCAACAGCGGCUACAAGGGCAUCAAGAACCCGCACGGCGUGCCCAACCCCACGCGCCCGGCCAAGGAGGGCGUCAAGUCCAUGUUCACGUAUGCCCGCCGCUACCUGGACUGGAACCGCAACACCUUCAUCUACCACUCGAGCCAAAAGGCGCCCACGUACGACUACCACUCAGGCAGCCGCGUCACCAAGGAGAUUACGGAUGUCCGCGAGAAGCUGCGUCUCGGCGACGUCUACGGCUGCGCGCCCAAGUCGUGGUGCAUGGAGUGCGCGCCCUUUGACAGCGAUCAGAAUUUGUUCCCCGGUGUAAUCAUCCCGGCCGUGUCCAAGAUUGUCGUGCGCCCCGAGCGCAAGGACAAGGCGCGCAUCAUCCUCGGCAACACGGGCAGCGUGCGUUACGAUAUCCCCAAGGGUCCCUUCACCUAUGAUGACAACUUUAUCGUCUCUCCAUUCCGUGAUGUCUUUCGCUACCUCAAGGACGUUCCCUACGACAAGGCCCAAAAGCUGAUCAAGCAACUCAACAACGGCCGUGCCGACAAGCGCAGCAACCUAGUCUCCAUGGCCGCUCCCCAGGACGAGUGCACCAACCCGACCAUGGGCUACCUCACCCGACGCGAGAUGCGCGAGCGUCGCGGGCCCGUCCGCCGCCAAGAGGUCAUCACCCCGGGCUACGUCACCAAGGACGACUGGGGCACGGAUGGCGACGACACCAACCACACGGCGGUGCCGUUCAUGCGCAACCCCGGCUAUUAUGAGUCGCGCGGUGGCUUCCCGACCGAGGGCAGCCCCGAGGUCGUUGAUGUCGUCUUUUACGACUUCAUUGAAAAGUACAUUCUGCAGUACCUUGGCAGCGGCUUCAACGCCAGCAUGGUAGACUGCUACGUUGACUGCAACUUUACUUCGCAGGACUUCCUGCUGCCCUACGCCAAGGCAGCCUGGCAGGACAAUAUCAAUGACUGCCCGAUUGAUGGCCAAUAA